UGAUGACGUCACAAUAACUGUCGUUCAGACAAUACAAGAUGGGCGUAUGCAAGAAUGAUUUCGAAGAAAUGGUGGCUGAUCUGGAUUGUGGUUCUAUGUACAGAUAGUGUCUUCAGUAAAAGCAACAUACAACUUGGAUGCUUCAAACCGUCCAAAUCGGUCCUUCUCAAGAGCUACACACAACGGCCAUUUGAUAAUCAAGGAACCGGCCAUGGUUGGUGUGUGACACUCUGCAGUAAGGGGAAAUAUACCUUCGCAGCGAUCCAGCUGUACUAUCAGAUGUGCGGAUGCGGUCACCGGCUGAAAGAUUCCAUUCGCGUUCCCAUAAAGCAAUGCACCAGUCCGUGCGACGACAGGGGGAGGUGUGGCGAACCAGACCUAGCGAUAUUUUAUGUUUUAGAUGCACCUCCGACCAAUCAUGGCCUGCUGGGUGAUUCUGGACAAUCUACAGACAAAGAAGAUGGUGUCCGUGCAAGGUCUGCAAGUAAAGAGUUCACAGGAAGCCUCAACCAGCUGCUUCUCCUGGGAGGCGUGGUGGGGGCAGCGGUGACCCUGCUAGCGAUCAUCGUACACUGCGCCCGGGUGUCCAGAAAAAGGUCCCGUCUUCUCAAAGUGUACAUUGCCCAGCUGAAACGAGGCGAGACCGACGCGAUUCCACCUCCCAGUACAGUCGCAAUUAGCAACGAACUCUGCCUCAGCUUCUUCUGUUGUUGCUAUGGCAAACAACAGGACGACCUUGAAUACGAUGAACUUUUGAAUGACCUUGACAUUGAACCCACACACCGAAGAUCUUUUAAUGCGAAGGUCAAUCAAUAUUUAAACAAAUGUGAGGCUGAGAAAAAGGAGAACAGAGAAGAGUUGCGAAACAUAUUAAGGAGUCUGUCUAGGAGCAGUUCCGUGGCCAAGGCCCGGAGCUCUAUCCGGAGUCUAGCGGAACUGUAUCUCAAGUCCCGGAGGGAGAAGCAGCAUUCGGAUUCUGCUGCUGACCUGUCGGAUCAGUCCCAAGUGUCUCUCCGAGACGCAAUAAGCUGCCCCUCCCGAGUUGGGGGCCGUAACAAAAACUCCUCGGCGUCUCCCAACGUGAAGACAUUCUCCAGCCAUUCCUCGAGAAUGCCCAUGUACACGAAAAACAGCCUCCGACAUGGCUCCAAACACACGGAGCCAGUGACAUCACCUGCAGGUCGAAGUGGUCAGGAUGUCAUAGCAGACGAUGACACAUUGACUAGCCAAUCCAGUUUCCCCAGUCGUCUGCUGCCGCUGUUAUGUAGGCCAAGGAACUACUCGAAAAGUAGCUCCGCAAAAAGACACAGCCGGGGAAGUAAAACGCGUCGUUCCCGCUCCCCGCGUCUGGUGAGAAUGAAAGGUGAGGGGUUAAACUCCAGCGAAUCCCAGUCCGAGUGACCAGACAUUUGUAUUUGUCGGACAGUCAGAAUGUCUCGAUUAUUUUGUUGAUCUGAUCCGAUUAAAACCACAGAGUGACGUUGUUAUAUACCGUUUCUGUAUGGAUUUUACAAAUACAAAUAGUGUGAACUGAC